AAAAAAGUGAGAAAAAAAAUUAGCUGCUCUUCCUUUUCUCUACGAGAACUGCGUGUUGCCUAUUUUAUACAUUUUUUGUUUUACUAGUACUAUUACUACUACUUUUACCGGUACUUCACUGAGAAACCAUUUCCUCUCUCAGUUUACGGACAACAAAAAAAACCUUUCCUCCUCGAUUCCUGAAUUUUCAAUUUCCUUCUCUUGAAUCCCGACUAGCUCCUGUCUUUCCACUCAGCAAGUCAGCCCCAGAGCCGGAAUGCCUCAAACAGCUGCAAACUGCCGAAUGUUCUUGCUCUAGUUGAAGCUUCUGUACUAUAAUGUACUGUACAGUGAUUUAAGAUUCACCAGUAAGAGGCAGGAGAAACAGAGACACAGAGCGAACAAGAGAGAGAGAGAGAGAGAGAGAGAGAGAGAGAGAGAGAGAGAGAGAGAGAGAGAGAGAGAUUAAGUAAGAAAAGGAAAGAGGGGAAAAAAGAAAAUAAAAGCAGAAGAAGAAGAAGAGGAGAGGUAACAACAACUUCUAUCUCCCUCUUGGUGGCUGUUCAAGAAAGGACAAAAAAAACAGGAAAGAAACACAGAGCAGCAGUGAAGACCAAGAGAGAGCAAGAAGAAACUGAGCAGAUUAAUUAAAGGACAUUAUCCCUCUUCAAUCUCUGUCUUCGAGACAAAGCCGUCUUGAGUUUCCCAAAUACUGCGGUGACAGCCAGAUCAACCUCAGCUUCCGAAAUGAUGAUGUAUUUUUGGGGUAACCAAGAGGCUACGGCCCCCCCAGAAGCGAUGGCACAGCCUUACCCCCCAGCCCAGUACCCCCCUCCCCCUCAGAACGGGAUCCCGACGGAGUACGCCACGGCACACCCCCACACCACGCAGGACUACACGGGCCAGAGCACGGUACCCGAUCACGCCAUGACCAUCUACACGCCAACGCAGACCCACUCAGAACAGCCUGGCACCAACGCCAACACACCCUCUCUCACCGGCACAACGACAGUACCACAGACAGACGAUGUGGCGCAGACAGAGGGCUCACAGCAGCUACAGUCCACAGACCCUUUAGAGAAGCAGCAACCCAAACGGUUACAUGUCUCCAACAUCCCCUUCCGCUUCAGAGACCCCGACUUACGGCAAAUGUUUGGGCAAUUUGGGAAAAUUUUAGAUGUUGAAAUAAUUUUUAAUGAGCGGGGCUCCAAGGGCUUCGGCUUUGUAACUUUCGAAACAAGUGUAGAUGCAGACCAUGCACGGGAGAAACUAAACGGUACAAUCGUAGAGGGACGGAAAAUAGAGGUAAAUAAUGCAACAGCAAGAGUGAUGACAAACAAAAAGGUGGCAAACCCCUACACAAAUGCAAUUGCCAGCGAGGAUACAGAUUUUGCUGAGGAUUUCUCCAGGCUGCUCGGAGACAACAAGGAACAUACAUUCAUGACGUUGCCCCAUUCAAGUCAAGGUUGGAAGUUGAACCCAGUGAUGGGAGCUGUUUACGGCCCUGAGUUCUAUGCAGUAACUGGCUUCCCCUAUCCAACCACAGGGGCGGCAGUGGCAUAUAGAGGAGCCCACUUAAGAGGCCGGGGGCGUGCAGUGUACAACACGUUCCGUGCCGCACCUCCCCCCCCGCCCAUCCCCACCUAUGGAGCAGUUGUUUAUCAAGACGGAUUUUAUGGUGCAGAAAUCUAUGGUGGGUACGCAGCUUAUAGAUAUGCUCAGCCAGCCACCGCCGCGGCAGCAGCUGCCUACAGCGACAGUUAUGGCAGAGUCUAUGCAACAGCCGACCCCUAUCAUCACACAAUUGGACCAGCUGCCGCAUACAGUGUUGGAACUUUGGCUAGCCUAUACAGAGGAGGGUACAACCGCUUCACCCCGUACUAGAGAGAGAAACAAACCCACCUGAACGGUUUAAAAACAAACUAAACAAACAAAACAAAAACAACGUGGAAAACUAAAACACUUCCGGGUCACAACCCCGACCCCUCAAGCUAUUUCAAUAUCACUGUAUUAUUAUUAUUAUUAUUAUUAUUAUUAUUAUUAUUAUUAUUAUUAUUUUUAUUAUCUCUAACUGUGUUGAAUUCUUUUUGUUUCUUGACAUAUUCUAUGUUUGUUCACAUCUUACUGUGUGACUGACCCAGCACUUCAAUGCAGGGAGGGGGAGGAGAGUUGAUGCAGAACCUGGAAACUCUGAAAUGGGCUCGCUCAGAAAGAUGUAUGGGUAGACUGGAGUCAGUUCCUAUUGAAGGAUGCAAAAUGGUGCAAAAGCCGUAUGCAUUAUGUAUUUAACAGGUCAAGUGAUUAUGAAUAUCAUUCGUAGGAACUUGUGCGACAGUGUAAAACAAUGUGGAAUAAGGCAACACCAAGCGGGGAAAAACAGGUCUAGGUGUGACAAACUUUUCAGGGGGAACUGUUAAUGAUAUUGAUAGUGGAGACGGAAUGGUUUAGGUUCAGAUCAGUCUUUAUUAAAGCAAGUCCACGGAUAAAUACAAGGCCUUGAUUACCUGUUGUGAUAAAGGAGCUCUGGACACUACCAGAUCUGUGUUAUUAAAUUACCAUUUCAGCAACAAGGUGUGUCACCGAUGCGAUUUGUAAAUAUUACUGCCGUGAUAUGUAAAGCAGUAGGAAAAAAGGGACUCUGCUCUAGAUCCUUCAUGACACCGUGGGGUGUUGGGGGGGGGGGGGGGGCAGUACAAAAUGUCAUCUUUCUGAGCCUGUUCACUACAGAGUCCAUUACUUCAUUCAGACCAUGUUAUAUACAGUGUGUGUGUGUGCGUGUGUGUGUGUACUGAUGUAUAUGAAUAAACAAAUAUAGCAAGCUGUAGUGCUGGUGUUAUAGUAACAAAGUACAGUAGUUAGAAAAGAGACAUCGAUACACAGGAUAAGAGGUAUUCUAUUACCACAGCUGGUUAUGCAGGAUUUGUGUUUUAUUCACUGGUUAUUAUCUCUACCACAAACCAAAUACAGUAGCUAUAUUUUUAUUGAUUAUGUGCAGCAACAUAAAGAGCAGCUAUCUUAGGGUAUGAUUUGCCUUUCCUCUAUUUGAAGAGAAGUGUCGAGAGGGGAGAAAAAUCCAUCUGUACUUACUACCAGCUAAAAAGUCAAUUGAUUUGGGCUACUAGUCUGCCAACAUGAAGCACGGACUAUAGUUAAUUUGGGAAAAGCCAAUUUCAAAUAUACGUGGGAUCCAAAUAAAUGUAAUCCAAUUCUCAAGCAUUUUAAUGGGAUAACUCCAUUCUACUUUUUUAUAUACAAAAGAAAAGGAGUCGGUAUACUUUGUAAUACUCAGAUGGUAGAUUUCCUCUCCACAAUGUAUGGGAGUUGGGUCCCAUGUGGGUUCAUUAGAUCAAAUACUAGACUUCCCUCCACACAAGUAAUGAAAACCACAAUGCUGCGCGUUUAGCAAAUACACCUAAUACUUGUGGGUGGAAAGAGUCCUAGGUAAUCAGUUAGACAUGGCUGUCUGAUGUUAAAAACAUUGCUCUUUAGAGAGAGGGUGAAGUAAAAGAAAGUGAGGUGCAUAAGCGAGAAGAGGCUGAUCAUCUUCCCUUUGAAUGUAAGCAAGCUAGUCACAAACGCUUACGAGACAGCCCAUUCCAAAUGAAUUGCAACAGGGAGUAAAAAAAGAGCUCUGUAGGAAACUAAUCCAAGGCAAUAUACUUUAGAUUAAAGAUAACGCUGGAGAGUCGAUAACCACUGAUCUCAUUUGGAGAUACACUAGACUAACCCCAUAUAGUGUAGCCUUUCACCAUAGUUGUUAUUCCAGACAUAACAUUUUCCCCCGGCUACUCAAACGAGAGUUCAAGAAUCUGGAUGCAUGUAUCUGCUGCACGGUUUAUCCCAAGAGUUAUUUAUGUUCUGUUUUAAAAGAUUUAUUAUUUCGCUACUAAUACAAAGAUUAAUGGUUUAACCUUUUUAUAUCCUGGUGCUAUCCUUAUCUGGUCAAUCAGAAAAAAUGCAGUGAUAAAAAUGAACUUAUGCAGUACUUAUUUCUGGUGCAAGGCAAAAGUUGAAUAUAAAUAGGGCUUCCGAUUUUCAGUUUUAACCGAUUAAAAACCGAUAAAACACCCCCGAUACAAAAAAAAAGGAAAUCGGUUAUAUCCAAUAAACACCGGAAAAACACUGGAAAUGGUUACUCAAUUCGCAUUGACUUGAACCCUUUUCCCAUGAAAAAAAUUAAAUAAAAAUUACCUGCUAAAAAAACUGUGCAGUACAGUUGGGCAAUGUCCCUCCUAACUGAUUUGUAUCUUGCAUUGAUUCAUUCUGAAUACUUAAACCCACCCCAACUACUGAGUCACAGCAAAUUGCUACAUUUCUUUUUUUUUUUCUAAUAAUUUAGUCGUUGCCAAUUAGUUUUUAUUAUUUUUUCCCCAAUUUGAAAUGCCGAAUUAUUUUUUAGGCUCAGCUCACCGCUACCACCCCUGCGCUGACUCGGGAGGGGUGAAGAUGAACACACGCUGUCCUCCAAAGCGUGUGCCGUCAGCCGCCCGCUUCUUUACACCCUGCGAACUCACCGUGCAGCCGCCUCAGAGCUACAGCGUCGGAGGACAACGCAGCUCUGGGCAGCUUACAGGCAAGCCCGCAGGCGCCUGGCCAGACUACAGGGGUUGCUACUGCGCGGUGAGCCGAGGACACCCUGGCCGACCUAACCCUCCCUCCCCCCGGGCAACGCUCGGCCAAUUGAGCGCCGCCCCCUGGGAGCUCCCGUCCACGGUCGGCUGUGGAAUAGUCUGGACUCGAACCGGCGACGUCCAGGCUAUAGAGCGCAUCCUGCACUCUAGAGAGUGCUUUUACUGGAUGCGCCACUCGGAAAUUGCUACAUUUCUAUUGGAGGAUUGUACACACUUGCAAGAUUUAAAACAAGAUGUUCUUGCUCAUGAGAUUUAAAGCUAUAUUCCAGUUCAAUAGGGAGUAUUUACACGCUCGUGGAAUUUAAAACAGAAUUUCAAAUUGUGGGGAAAUGUAAAAAAAUGCCUAAACACACAAACCCCCCAGAAGAAUAUGCCUGUGAUCAUAAGGAUUUCAUUGAGGAAGACAGCAAAGGAAAUAAGGUACAAUUGAAAAAGUGUGCAAGUACUGUCGAGUUACUGUACAUACUGUAGCAGAAAAAAAUGAAAGUAACACAGUAUAUAAAAAGUGAAAGCCCCGAAAGAAACGAUUUACAUAUAACUCAAAAAUAGCUACAAAUAAGCACCGAAUUAAUAAAAACCGAAAAACAGAAGCCCUAAAUAUAAAUAAUGAAAGAAGUUUAUGCUACUCGGGAUGUAACUCGCCAAAAAGAUAUUCUUUCAAUAAUAAACUUUUUUUUUUAAUACCCCAUGAAGGUGUUUAAUAAAACAUUGAAGCAUUGUUUUUUCAAGUAAAUUAAGAUAAUUAUUAUUAUUAUUUUCUUUGGUGAGUUGCAGCCUCACUGUGGUGGUAACCUCUUUAUAUAACACAAUAAAUUAUUUUAACAGAAAGGAUAUUGGCAAAAAUGUCCUCAUAUCACAAAGGUUGAAGAUUUCUCACUGAAACAUUGUCCUUUCUUUCUAGCAGUUCUGUAUUAUAUGUCCAUGUAUUUCCAAGACAUAGAAAUAUUGCCAAAGUAGAACAUAAUGCAUGGUAAAAAUGGAGAAGGUUUCAUUUUGAGGAUAAAUUGAUGAAUUAAAACCAGUACUCACAUGGUAAUGGAAUACUUCUCUCUUAACUAAAGAGCUAACAUUAUUGAGGGGUAAAUACAUUUUCAAGUGUUUUAAGAAUUGUGUUAUCAUUUUCAAGUUAUUUAUAUUAUUUAUAAAACAAGCAAAAAUAGCAAAACAUCAGUACUUGGGUAUUAUAGUAUUCAGUAUUUAAAAACAUAGUGUGUAUUAGUAUAUAAAACUUGUUCUGGUAUUAUCAUUAGAUUUAAAGAAAAUUAGAAAAAUGUCUUAGACAAUAACAUGUUCUUCCUUUUAUAUACUUCCAAUAUUGCAGAGUUACACAGGGCGUUUUUUAUAUAACUAGGAAAAAGGCUUUAAGCAACACUAUGUAUAGCUUUUUUUGAAGAAGGGAGAUAGCGAAUGUCUUUCUAGAUGUUUCUGAUGAAAUCAUUCUGUGAAGUGUGUGUUGUUGAGGUACAUAUUAUUGUGUGUAUACAUUAUUAUUCUAUGUAUACAUUAUUAUGCUAAGUAUACACUGUGUGACAAUAACUAACAGGGAAAAAGGCUGCUCAUUAGAAUUAAAAGAGGUUUUAUCAUUCUUGAUGUACACAAUUGUAAAUGGCUUUUCUAUUUAGUUAAAAAAAAAACUUGGCUAAGACCACUACAAAGUGAAAUAGUUUAUUAAUUUAAAAAUACAUAAAGGUUUUUUUAUCUAUCGAUUUCCUGGCUUAGGGUAACAUUGAAAUACUAUUACUACUUCUACUACGACUAAUAAUAAUAAUAAUAAUAAUAAUAAUAAUAAUAAUAAUAAUAAUAAUAAUAAUAAUAAUAGAGCAUGAUUAUAUUUUUUUCAGUCCCUUAUCAUUGAGUGAAGACAUUGAGAAAGUUUUCUCAUCAAAACAUUCGUCAUUGAAUUUAAGAAGCAUAGAAGCACCUAUUUAGUUGUAGUACAAGCAACACACAUUUGUCAUAGCCGUCAUAGUACCCAUCUAAUGAACACCUAUUCUGAAACUUGAUCCACAGUGGUUUGAAAAUGUCAUUUGAAGUUAUUUAUUCUUUAACUGAAUUGGACUAGCUACGCAGACCUUUUCAGUGCAAUAAAACCUUUGUAUUCAUCCCUUACAAUACUAAUAAUAAAAAAAGCCACAGUAUUUGACACAGUAGCUUAGCAUUGUACCCAUUCAUACUUCAUUACUACAAUGCUGCAGUACUUUCUUUUAUUUUUUAUUACACCCUGACAAGGAAAACAUUUGUUUUUGGAAUAACCUUUGGAGAGGAAACAAGGAAAGUUCAAGUAACUAAAUGAAUUGUGAAGCUUUCCAAUUGAUUUGAUUAAUCCCCCCCCCCCCCCCCAGAAAUACAAUUUUUUACAAAUUAGUAUUUUUGGGUUUUGUUGAAGAGGACCAAAAUCUGGUGUUGCAAAAAGAGGGGAAAAAAGGUGUUUACAGGAACAUUUCUGUACACUGUUAUAGCUGUAGCUCAGAAUUUAGGAUUUGGGUGUUGGAAGGUAAGCUUUCUGUGAGCCAAAUCAAAUCCUGCAAGUGCUCAUUGGUACUAAAUGGCCCCUUGUGGAGAGAGAACAAUGAUCCCCAAGCGAUGAAGGGAUACGAUUUUCCAAGUAUAAUGUAAACUCCAUUGAGGAUUUUUAUUUUAGAAAAAGCCAUUUAUAAUUGUGAUUCUUCAAACCCCCUUUUAAAUUCACUCAAAUAUUCAGUUUUUAUUCUGCCAAUAUAUUUGUAAAGAAAAAAAAAUCUUUGCCAGGCCCUUGCCAUGUCUAUUUCUUUUAUAUCUAUUGCUUCUUUGUUCUGUGGUCUAAAUGUGUAUUUGCUAUACUGUGUACAUGUUGCUGAACAUAUUCCAUGUAAUGUAUGUAUGUAUUUUCAGUUUUAUGAAUUUGCUCAUUGCACAAAGGGCAUUUGGUACCCAUUCAUAAUGAAGAGGGGAAAAAAAGUGUAUUUAUUGUUCUUUUUAAAUUGCAGGAUACAUGAAACUUAUUGUUAAAAUAUAUACCCUAUCUAACUGAAAUAACAACUUGGUGUUUACAACUGUGUCAUUCUGUCAAGGGACAUGCCUUAAAAAGUAAAGGGUAGCGCUUCAUUUUAAGUAUCAUUAAUUCAAACAUAAUUGCAUACAGUAUGUUAAUGCAUAUAACAUGCAUUUCAAAUAUAACUGGUGACAAAGGUGUCGUGGAGACACAUGUAUGGAGAGUAUUUAAAAACAUGGUCUGGGAUGCAUGUUUCUCAGACCAAAAGCUGGGACAAUGUAUGAUACAUUAAUAUUAUACAAAUAAGUAUGGAAUGUACCAAGAAUUGAAUAUCUUAUAGUUCAUAUGCAACUGGGCUUGCAUAACUGGCACUAAAGAAUAGCUGCAGAACUUGUUGUUCAUAACGCACGUCUAUACAACACAAAACACAAAAGAGAGAGGUGAAAUUAUAAGAAACUAAGUCAAGCAGACUACUGUUUAAUUGUAAAUAAUUGCAAAAUGAAAGCAGCAAUAGGCAGACGAUCUAUGCUACUGUCAGAUGUCUUUCAACGUAUUCCCACAGCAAAGGUAUUAACCAGGAUUGAUGACUUUUCUAGCCCCUUCUAUUCCUCUGAACUUUCCUGUCCAAGUUCAUUUCCUGAACACAGUAUGUGAACUACUAAUAUCUGAAGCGUAGAAAGUAAACUAGAGGCUUUUCAAAGGCUCGGAUGAUAAACCUAUUUGGGGAGUUAAUUCAGGCAUACAGCAUGUGCACUACAUUAAAAAAGCAUUGGGUUACCAAAUGGUACGGAAGGGAACUUGAUUGAUUAAAAGAUCAGACACUGCAGCUACAGAAGAAUAUUAGCAUAGGUCAGCACUGUACACAUGUUCUCCAAGCCAUCUGCACAAUCUUCUGAACUCCCCAUGACAUGAAAUAAAAACCAACCGUCAGAUACAGAAGUUAAUAACCUCAACUGAACGCAUGAAGUGUUUGCAAAGCUAGAUCAAUAACUGUGAUACUGUAAGAAAAUUAAUGCAUAGUUUUAAUCUAAAAUAAAAAGGUGUCAUUUGGAGAAAGGGUAUGAUAAAUAACAUUUAACUGUUUUUACAGGCCUUUAAUAAAUUUGAAUUGUAGCACCAUUACAGCCAUGUUAUUAUCUACAGAGGCUGAUCAAUCUACAGCAUUCGCUUUGUUGUAAUAUUUGUACACAAGUUUACUGCUGUACCAUUUAAAUAACAAGUGUACUAAAGCUGAAGAAGACAUGCUAUUAAAACAGCACUACUGGCAGAGAAAUAGUGUUAUAGGCUCCUUAUACUACACAUUAAAUCUAUAUCCAUACUAUUAUAUGAAAGAACAACUGAUAGGUUUAGGUUAGAGUGUUGGUUUCAAAGCUAGGAAGACAGUUAAGAGGAUUUUACUUAGGCAAGAUAGUGAACUUCAAGACCAGACAAAAUUGACAUGGAAUUAUUUCAGUUUAACUAUUCUUCACUUCAGCGCACAUCUGUGAGAAUAAGUACUGCAGCUUUAGAGAAAUUGAUAUUGAACUCACUCACUCAUCUGACACUGUGUUCAGUCUGCUUGUCCCUUGAAAGAAUCUGAAUUUGUAACAAAAAAGUAUUGAAUUUAAAACUACCUUCUAUCUUUAUUUUAUUUAUUUUUUUCAUCAUUUUCUGAUUCCAGUAAAAAAAACAAAAAUAAAAAUAUGGAGAAGUGGACAUCGCCCAAAAGGUCUCUAAAAGAACAUAAACAAGAAAGUACAAGAAAAAUCCUUCUACCAAGGUUGAAAGACGGACGGAGCAAAGAGUAUGCAAGUACUGUGAUAAAAAAAAUAUCAUCUAAACAUGUUUAAAAGGUGUGGUGCAGGUUUACUUUCAUGUGGGACAGCCUUGCUAGGAGGAGAAAGAAAGCACUGGGUCCUAACCCUAAAGUCAUAUAACUUUUUAUUUUUAUAAAAUAAACUUUUUUAAGUUUUAAAAGACUGGAGGAGGAUCCCUUGAUCUACAGACAAGCAGAAACUAGACUGUAUAUUUCAAAAGGUAAUCCUUACAGACCUUUUAUAGUUAGGGUGUACAGAGAAAGAAAAAAGGUAUAGAUAAAGACAGUCCUUACAUUCAUUCAUUCAUUCAUUCAUUCAUUCAUUCAUUCAUUCAUUCAUGUGAUGCCAAUGUCCUCUUUGUGUAUAUAAAUAAUAACCUGGGCCUUUGACUAGUCUGCACCUGUUUAUGGUGGAUAAGAAGGAAAGCUGAGUGUUCUGAAGAGUAUUUGUGACCUUAUUCCUUCAAGGAGUUGAAGGUUUUUUUUUUUUAGCUGUAUUGUAUGUAUUAGUCUACAGGGCUACAAGUGUUUUAACAUGUUUGCCAUACAGCAUAUAAUAUAUAUACCACUAAGGGGCUAAUUCAACUUCAACCCUGGAGAAACAGUAUUUUUUAUAAUUUGAAAUUAUAUUUAAAAAUAUAAUUUCAUGCAAUAAGCAGUGCAAAUAUGAUUUUUUUUUUUAAUCAGAUAACACAUCAUCAGUGAUGAAUCAAACAAAAAGAAAAAGAUCCACAAACUUCCUAUACUCCUGUUUGUAAUAAACACUGAUCUCAGAACCGGCAGCUUUAGGAACAGCAGUCUAGCCCUCUUUAACUACAGAGCUACCCACACUUCUUUAAAACACUUGCAAACUUGUCUUGGUGGUCCUUCCUAUACAGAGCAAUUAUGUAGACACCUCAAGCCUUUUGAAACCCAGCACAAGACAGUCAGACACAACAUAGGAACUAACAAACCUGGGAAAAUAAUACCCAUUUGGGGUAAAUUCCUUAUUCCCUUGUGCAACCCCCAGCAAUUCUACAUUUGCUGAGCAAUUUUGAGCUCCCAUUACUGUAUCCUCCUCUCUCUCGUACCAGCCACCUGUAGUCCGCCGGCAACAGUGAUUGCAGUACCUGCUGGGAAAUAAUUACCUGCUAAUAAUAUUUCUCCUCUCAGAGGACUCGACCUGUGGCAUCAGUGAAGUCAGGCUGCGAGUUGAAAGACUGCAUACUGCCCCGGGAUUGAGAAUGAAGGCCUCACAUCGGCUUUGAUAUUGAAACCCAGAUUUGGUGUCUCUGAGAGACAGCUUUAACUUUAAAUACCGUUGGCCCUUAGCAAAAACUCUUUUGAUGAGAAGGAAAAAAGCAAGUAUGUUGCCAAGUUAUAUUUAAAAUAUGCAUAUCCUUUUUAAAGAUACAUAAGUGGCUAAUAGAUUGUGAUACUGCUGCCUCUGCUAUAGUCCUCAAAGGAACAGAUUUUACAAGCACUUACACCAAGUGGCGUCCGGGUUUUUUUUCUUUUUUUUCUUUUCUAAAUACAGGUGUUGGUAUGACUGGCCUCAGAUUUAAAUAAACAAAACAGAGCAGUGUGUCUGAUGUAUUCCAAGAGAUUAAUGAGGUUUUAAUAAUGUAAUACUCCAAAGGAGAUUUUUAUGAAACAGGAACAAGGCUGGGAAAGAAAAGCGUAAUGUUGGAAAGGAGAUUUAAUGUUCAACGAUCAAAUUACACCCAAUAAAACCCAGUUUUCCUUUGUUACACCUCCGCCGGGUAUAAAAUGAAAAGCCAAUGUUAGUUUUAAAACAAUAAAGAACAUAAGAAGCUCCACAUGCAUCCCAGUAAUGUUACAGUACAAGCACUGAUGUGCUUAGAGAAUAGGAUCUAGUUUUUUGGCAAAGGUUAAUUUUUGCUUUAGGCCAUCAUUAUUAGAAAAGGAAGCAGUGAUGCUGGAUGAUGAAACAAGGGAAAGCCUUGAGUUUCAAAAGAAGUUUUGAUUUUCAGUCCUGAAUAAUAGGUUUUAGAAACUUGUUUACAGACAUUACAUUUCUUUUGCUGUGGAAUGCAAUUAAAACACUAACACUUUAUGUAAAUUGUAUUUUUAAUGAUUUAAAAAAAAAAAAAACAGGAAACUAUAAAGACUAUACAUGGUACAUUUUAAUACAGUAUACUGUGACCCAUUCAGUAAAAGAUAGGAAUGUGUGAGCCAGUUUCUCUUGUUCUAUUCUUCAUGAGACAUUAUUUAUUAAUAUUUGUGUAUUCUGAAAAUUAUUAUUAUUCAUUUAUUUAGCAGACGCCUUUAUCCAAGGCGACUUACAGAGACUAGGGUGUGUGAACUACGCAUCAGCUGCAGAGUCACUUACAAUUACGUCUCACCCGAAAGACGCAGCACAAGAAGGUUAAGUGACUUGCUCAGAGUCAGACAAUGAGUCAGUGGCUGAGGUGGGAUUUGAACCGGGGACCUUUUGGUUACAAGCCCUUUUCUUUAACCACUGGACCACACAGCCUCAUAAAUACUGUGGUUUGAGCUUGCAACAUGACGUUCUUGAAGAACACACGACCUUAGCCCACUGCGCCGUUGUUUUUUAUUAUUAUUAUUUAUUUAUUAGCAGACGCCCUUAUCCAGGGCGACUUACAAUUGUUACAUGAUAUUGCAUUAUUUUUACAUACAAUCCAGGUACAGCAGCAGUGUCCCCCACCUGGGAUUGAACCCACGACCCUCCAGUCCAGAGCCCUAACCACUACUCCACACUGCUUUACUGAUGGCAUUUUAUUGUGUUUACUUCUUUUUUACCCAUGCCAUUACUUUUUGUAGUAUGUUCUUGAAAUCAUCGUGUUUCUCCACAUUGUCAUUGUCUCCCUGUAUUGCAGCUGGCUUUCAGCUAUAGUCACAGAGCCCUAUGGAAUGCUAGCUGUCUGUGUGUUGUGUUUGAUUCCUUCAUUCCAGUCAUGUGAGACUGUGAUCUGUGCCUCUGCGGACUCCACCUGCUCUUAUGUAUACAAUUGCAAACAUCAUAAAAAGAGGAAGGAGAAAGUUGUAGAAAUACAGGGAAACAAUGACAAAGGAAUUAAAAGAUUUAACAAAUGUUUUUACCUUUGCACAUUCUUAUCUUUUAGUGAACGUGGCCCUUUAUCCACACGAAGUUCUGUUUGGAAGGUAUUUAAAAUGGAGGCUGUCCCACCUUUACUUUUACUGCCCUCCCCCUCCUGUGGUUUGACUAACAGGCUGUCCUCCCAGAAAGGAGCCCCUCCCAUACUGUCUGUGUGCUUACUGAUAAAGACUCCUUUUUGUAUUCCCACUGUACAUAAUCCCUCCCUCUGUAUCCCUUUCCUUAAACCUGUAUUAUAGAACAUUUCCAUGUGCUUUACUGUCCCUGCGCAAAAAAAAUGUUUAUAAUUCUCUCAUUUUUGCAAUUGUUCUAAUUAAAAAAAAAAUAUAAUAAUAAUAAAAAGUCAUUUUAAAAAUAACUAUUCCUCCUCUUCCAGAACUGUAUUGUAAAAAUCUACCUUUCUUUCUCAUUCUGUAUGCUUCUAAUGUGCUUCAGAAGAACAUUACUAUUUAUUAUAAAGUUAUUAUUACUGAUUAUUA